UGAAGGUUAAGGAAUCUGCUACAUGCAUACACACACACACACACACACACACACACACACACACACACACCUGGAAAUAGGGUAGAAUGCAGAUCUAGAUCUAUCUAAACACCGCAUGCAUGCGGGCCCACUUUUGCACGAACUGGGAUUGUGCUGGAGGCAGGGGCCUCACAGGGAGUGUGAGGUAAAAGGCUGGCAUUUAAGCUAUAGCCUUAUGUUCACCUAGGAAACAUCCCUGCCUGGCGAACUGGGCUCCAAUUCACGAUCAGAUCAGCUGAUUCAACAAGAUACCCAGCAGACACACAGCUAGCUGAGCUUCACCUUCUUCCCAUGGGUAAGAAAAUGGUGUAUAGGAUAGGAUAAAUGGCUUUAAGCAGGACAGCUUAGGCAGAAGAUUUGGGAGGAGGGAGGAUUGUCAUACCUGAGCAGAGGCUAGCCCAAUACAACCCUUACAGUGCUGCCUUUCCAAUGGACAUGGAAAACUCAUGUCCAUGGCCCCCAGAACUCAUGGCCGCAUUCCUUUACCUCCCACAGCGGCCCAUCAAAACCUGGCCUCGAAGCUCCUCUGCUUUUGCUGUUGGUGUGAGGAAGCCUAUGACACGGAUGACAAGGCUGACGCUCAGAUCCACACUAAGCACACUAGUAUACUACCCCUGAUCACUACAGAGAAGAGAACUUCCUCCAGCAGCAGUUCAUAUGAGGGUUUACAGCCUCCAAAUGAACUGGACAAACAAAAGGCCCUGCUCCCUUCAGAUAAGAAAAUCUCCUCCAGCAGCAGCGACUAUGAUGAUAUUUAUUCCCACCAUUCCCAAGGAUUUUACAAGAGGGACCUAAAUCGCUACCGCCAGGAGCGCUGGCCCUCCCAGCCAUGCCUCAUUGGGAAGCCCUGAACGUUCUAGUCAUGGCAUCUAGUCACGUGGUCUCUGAGCUGCUCGGCUGCUAGAGUGUCUCCAUGAGGAAGAAGAUGGUGGGCAGGAGUAUUGAAGACUAAUUCAGAAACUCCCUGUAGGAGGAGAAGACGUCUGAGCCAUCCCUGUCUACCUGCAGGAGACCCUCCAGCUCCUAACACAGCCAGGGCAGGGGGAGCUGUCUCCAAUUAAAUCCUUGGUCUCAUCAGAGAAUGUGUCCCUCCUCUUUGCCCCUCCUAGAAUGUCUCUUACAAAUUAAUGUCUGAAGCUAGGCACUGAUGGCCUAUAACUGUAGAGCUACUCAGGAGGCUGAGAUCUGAAGGCCCAAAGCCAACCCCCAGUAGGAAAACCAAGAGACUCUGAUCUUCAAUUAACUACU